CACCUUUCCCCUCUGACCCGUGACGUCACCGCGCCGUGACGCAGCGGGCGGCGGCGGCGGCUGCGGCGGCAGCGCGCGGGGGGCUGCGAGGGGCGGCCGCUGCUUCUCGCGAGAGCUCGGGCUGUGCAGCUCCAGCCUCUCCUCAGCUGAGGUGCGAGUUUCCCUGGCCCUGCCGUGGCUCCAGCAUGUCCCUGAGCGGCGCUGCCCGUGCCCCGACCCUUCUGUGUGCCGGGGUCCGGCGGCUCCCGCUGGCCCAGCAGCAGCCCAGGGGGGUCUCUUACAAAGCUGUGGUCUUCGAGGAGAGCGGGGUGCUGCUGCCAGCCCCUCACAGCACAGCCACAGGCUGGGAGGCCCGGAGCUGCGUUCCAGCUGGCACCAUCCAGCAAGCUGCGCUGUCUGGAGGGGAGAGCAGCCUCUCUCUGCAGUAUUCCCGAGGAGAGCUGACAGCUGUGGAGUUCCUGCAGGAAUUGGGACAGCAGUGCUUUGACAUUGCAAAUGUCCGUGUUCCAGUGCACGCCUUUCUCCGGGAUUUAAUCCGAAAGGAGAUGAGAAAACAGCUCCCCAUAAUGGCAGAAGCAGCUCAGUGUAUCCGGGCAGAAGGGCUCAAGACAGCUCUGCUGAGCCACAGCUUGUGCCUGGGGGAUGCAGAGAGCUUCCUGCCCCUGGAGCAGCAGCACUUUGAUGUGGUGGUUGAAUCACACCAGGAAGGGGUGCCCAGGCCAAAUCCUGGCAUCUACAAGCUGUGCUUGGAGUGCCUGGGUGUCCAGCCCCAGGAAUCCAUCCUGCUGGACAGCAGCAGCCAGAACCUGGAGGCAGCAGCCCAGCUUGGCAUGAAAACUGUGAAGGUUGAUGAUCCAGAAGCAACACUCAAAGAGCUGGAAACCCAUCUGGGAUUUCCUUUGCAAGGGUUUGUUCCCUAUACUCGUUCAGUGAGACCAGGCAUGGAAAUCCCAAAGGAUCGUCUGCAAAAGUACCUUGAGGAUGUUCUUGGUGCCCACCCAACAGCCCCGCUGCAGUUACGGCAGUUUGACCACGGGGAGCCCACCCGGAGCUAUUUGGUGAAGUUUGGAGGUCGUUUGCUGGUGCUAAAGAAGGAGGAGGAGCCUCCCGAUGGCCCCUCAGGCCCUUCUGUCCCACGGGAGUACAGGGUCCUGAAGGCUCUGGCUGAGGCUGGUGUUCCUGUGCCCCCUGUGCUUGCUCUCUGCGAGGACAGAAGCAUCCUUGGCACUCCUUUCUUGCUGCUGGAGCACUGUGCUGGCCGCAUCCACCGCGCCGCGUCCCUGCCCGCGGUGCCGCCGCGCCGGCGCGGGGCCUGCUACGGGGCCAUGGCAAACGUCCUGGCCAGGAUCCACAGCCUGGACCUCGGGGCUGCCAAGCUGCAGGACCUCGGGGAGCAUGGAAAUUACAUCCAGCAGCAGGUUGAGACCUGGACAAAGCAGUAUCGAGCUGUGGAAACUCAGGUGAUCCCAGCAAUGGAGAGGCUCAUCCAGUGGCUGCCUCUGCAUUUUCCUGAAUCCCAGAAGACAACGGUGGUGCAUGGUGAUUUCAGGAUGGACCACCUGGUCUUUCACCCAGACAGGCCAGAAGUCCUUGCUGUGCUGGGCUGGAAGUUUGCCACUCUGGGAGAUCCCAUGUGUGAUUUGGCGAAUAACUGUAUGAGCUUCUUCCUGCCAGCCCACUUUGGUGCUCGCAGAGGCUUGAGGCAGUGUGACUUGGGGCACCUGGGGAUCCCCACAGCAGAGGAGUAUUCCCAGAUGUACUGUGGCCACCUGGGAGUGCAGCCCCCGGAGAGCUGGAAUUUCUACCUGGCCUUUGCCUUUUUCCGCCUGGCCGUGACGCUGCAGGGACGUCACCGUGGCUCCCUGGCAGGGAGGCCAGCUCCAGGUGACAGCAGCCCCAAGGACGCAGAGUUUGUGGCUGAGCUGGCUUGGGAUUUUGCCAUUAAAGAAGGAUUCCGUGUGUUUGAGAACCUCCCCCCCACAAAGCUGCUCGUGAGACAUUCCAGCACCUGGGCUGGGCAAGGGCCAGUCCUGGGCAGGAGUUACAGCACCUGGCAGGUCUGGGCAGCCCCUGUGCCCACAGCCCCCCUGGGCACCCCCCCCAGCAGCCUGGGGAUGGCCCAGGGGCUUUGCUGCAAGAUGGAAAACACGGGCAGCCAGUGGGGCUUUCCAAAUUCCCAUUCCAGAGGGACUGCACAUCCUCUGCCAGAGCUGCAGGCACAGAGUGCCAGGACAAGGCCGUGGUGCUGAUGGCUGCACAGGCCAUGGAUCAGGGCACCAAGCACAACCUCCAGCAAAUUGCGGAUGCUCGAAGAACCCUCAGUGGUGGAAGGAGCUGAAUCCAGUCCUCGAGGUCUCUGGAUUCAGGGGAGAUGAGCUGAGGCAGUGCCUGCCCUGUGGAACUGGGAGAAACUGGGAGGACUCCAUGGUCCCAUGAGUGUGGUGGGGUCUCUUUGGGGACCAUGGAGUGUGCAGUGCAUCAGUAGGAGCUUUCAGUGCUUUACAGAGCUAGGGGAGAACUGUGGGAACAACCAUGGUAACUUUAUGAACGUAAACAAUUUAUAUGUUGUG